AUGCCUGCCAAAUCAUCAUCAAAGGCAGCAGCAGCAACAGCAGAUGCGCAAUCUCCUUCCGUCUCCCAACGGACUCGAUCCGCACGCCCAUCGUCCUCGCUCAACUUUCUUCUCCUAUCUCUCAUAUUUCACCUCAUCUACUCUGCUUCCAUAUUUGACGUCUACUUUACCUCUCCCGUCAUUCAUCCAGACCGACGUUACUCUUUAGCAGACACGUACAUCGACGAUCAAGGCGCGUCUCUAGAGCCUUUGCAUGCUGCUCAGCUAGCUCGGCAAGAGACGGCAAAUCACACCGCCAAGAGGUUGGUGCUCAUUGUGGGCGAUGGAUUACGAGCAGACACUGCUUUUGCCAGACAAUCUCUCAAUUUGGCUCCUCUGUGGAACAGACGAGAUGCGCUGGACCUUGAGCGGGAGAAGAUUUCACAAGAAGAAGCGGCGAGGUCGUAUGGCUUGGAGCUGAGGCAUGAAUCGGCGCAGGAAGCAGAGGGAUUCUAUGCUGCUCCAUAUCUGCGCAAGAUGGCUCUGGAAAAAGGCUCGUUUGGUGUGAGCCAUACUAGAGUACCUACCGAGAGCAGGCCGGGACACGUCGCGCUGAUCGCAGGCAUGUACGAGGAUGUCAGCGCCGUCACAAAGGGUUAGUCGAGCCGGCCAUUUGUCCAUCUCGCGACGGUCACGCUUCAUAGUUGGUCAUUCUCGCUAAAAUCGAUACACUGACCUUUCCGCAUCAGGCUGGGCGCAGAACCCAAUGCCCUUCGACUCGCUCUUCAAUGCGUCUGCUCGUACUUAUUCCUUCGGGUCACCGGACAUCUUGCCCAUGUUCGCCAAGGGUGCAGUACCUGGUCGCGUGCUGACAGAGUCCUACGACGAGAGCGAUGAAGACUUCACGCGUGGUGCGUCCGCGUCGCUAUCUUGUUCGUGUGUCGGCUCGUGCAGCGGAAACUCAAAUAGCGCUCGGCAAUCCUUACAGAUGCAACGCACCUUGAUAUUUGGGUUCUGGAUCGGCUCAAGGCGCUGCUCGAUCGGGCACGCACCGACAGCACGCUCGAUAUGGAGCUCCGUCAGUCGGGCGUGGUAUUCUUUCUGCACCUGCUAGGGCCAGAUACGACGGGUCAUACGUAUCGGCCUCAAUCGCGCGAAUACGUCGGCAACGCGGCAGUGGUAGAUGCAGUUACAAAGGCCGCUGAGCAGCUACUGUCGGACUUCUUCAAUGACGAUCGACAGACUGCAUUCAUCUUCACUGCAGAUCACGGCAUGAGCAGGAAGGGCAAUCAUGGGGAUGGAGAGCCGGACAAUACUAGGACGCCCUUGAUCGCGUGGGGCAAAGGCAUCAAUCGCCCACGCCCUCUUAGUGUUGAGCAUGGAGAACAUCGACAACAGUUGGAGUGGCGUCAUGAACAACGUAUCAAAGAUGCUUAUUACCAGAAGUGGGGAGCUAUGGAUCAGAUGUGGCGUCAAGAUGUAGAGCAGGCCGACAUCACCCCUUUGAUGGUGAGUCGAACCCACACCUGGGCGUACCGAGCCCCUCGAUCUGAAGAGCAGCAGCAAUCUGGUCAUCCUCGUUUAGGCUUCCCUGUUGGGGCUUCCGAUGCCUGCAAAUUCCGAGGGCCGAUUGCCGCUCUCUUACUUGAAUUUCUCUCCAGAGCACGCUGCGCGUGCAGCGUUAGCCAACGCGCAGGGAGUGCUCGAGAUGUACAAGGUCAAGCACUGUGAGCUCAGCUGAUACAGUCCUCGGCUGCGUGAUUUGUCAUCAAGCUAAUUCCCGAGCCCAUUCUUCCCUACCCAAGCUCAAAGAGCAGCGCGGAUGCUCAACUACAUGCCGUUUCACAAGUUGUUGCCCGAGGCUGACCUUUCUCCAGGAACGAAGCGGGUUGAUCAGAUCAAACUGCAAAUUCGGGCUGGACGAUACGAGCAAGCGAUCGAAGACUCUGCAAGACUACUUGAUGAUGCGCUUGAAGGUGCUCGAUACCUUCAGACCUACGACUGGCUAAUUCUAUGCGCCAUCAUCACUGCGGGCUACCUGGGCAGCAUAGCUCACGGUCUAGCAUUCCUACUCCGCACCUACGUUUUUCGCAACGAUCAAUUGCAACGCACCAGAGGAGGCAGGGGAGGGGUUGGGUUCUGGGUGGCUCUACCAGUGCUUAUAGCGCUCUGGUCCAAGUUCGCUCUCGAGCGAUCUCCUCCCACGUAUUUCUUAUAUGCCAUCUUUCCAGCCCUCUUUUGGGGUAGAGCACUGGACGAUCGACAUUUGUUCCUCGCUGCAUUGCGCGCACUCCACGUUCGAUACGCCGCAUCCUCUCAUCCAACUCUGAGCCUGCUGCGCGGCACGCUUGGAAGAGCAUCUUUGGCCAUCAUUGCGCUCGCGGUCAUGGCGCUAGGAUACCUCGUUAGGCCUGUUUGGAGCGUCGGCUUUUUGCUUAUAGGUUUCUUUUGGCCUGCUUUGGCCAUCGACACGAAUACGAGGGCCAGACAUGAAGGUCUACUAUCACUUUGGCCACUGCUUUGCACCCUUUGUGCACUCUUCACCCUCGGAGGGCUGGACAAGGAAGAGAGCGUACCUUUUCUGUGAGUCGCGACGCUGCACGCGGGUUCGAUGUGAACAAUCCUCCUUGCGGCAUUGCUCAUCACGCUUUGCUUCGUCAUGUGUAGCGUCUCUAGCGGUGCGCUUUUCCUCCUGCUCGGUCUCGCGGCGCUCGGCCUCAAGCAACUCUACGGUGAUGGUGCCCCGCAAUCGACUUGCGAAGAUAACAGCGGCCCAAAAGUGGGCUCUUGCGCAAACGUGCCGAACACUGGUGACCGGCACGAAGCUCGCUUUUCGCGCGUGAUGAGGGUGCAGCUGAUCGUGCUGGUCGUCGCAACGGCAGUGACGGCUUCCUCGUCUUACAGUCUUCAAAGGAAGCAAGGUCUGCCGUUACCCAACGAAAUCAUCGCAUGGCUCGUUUUGAUCUUCUCCAUCACCUUUCCCCUCACGUACGGCUUUCGAAGCUCGUCCGGUACGACCGCCACAGAGGCGCAGUCGAGAGGACAGAGUGACCGAGGCAGACAACCAGCGGCGCAUCGUUUGCUCAUCAUCGUCUUUGCCUUUGCCCCCGUCUUCAUCUUGCUCUCCAUUCGCGACGAGGCCCUCUUUUUCGCCAUUUACGUCGCCACUUUGCUCGUUUGGGCGCGCAUCGAAGGCGCGCUGCAGGAAGAACGUUUCCUGUUGCAAAGGUACAAAGAUGACCUCGCUGCCGCUGAUCAGGCGACUACGUCGCAGUCGUCUACAUCACACACACGUUGCAGUAUCGCUACGGACGAGCCGAGAGCUUUGGCCCUCGAAGAUCUGCGCAUCGUCAUCACCUUCAUCUUUUUCUUACACGUUGGCUUCUUUGGCACCGGUGAGUGAUCAGGCGAGUGCAUGCAGGAGGGCAGUGCGCGCGCUGCAGUCAUGCUGACCUUGGAGGUGUUGCCGUGUCGCAAUGCAGGAAACAUUGCAUCCAUCUCAUCCUUUUAUCUAUCACCGGUCUACCGGCUGGUGCCCAUCUUCAGUCCCUUCCUGAUGGCAGCAUUGCUCUUGCUCAAAAUUCUCGUCCCCUUCGUCCUCUUGGCUGCCAUCUUUCACGUCCUGUGCGUCACGCCGCGCUCUGCCGUCUUGGCGCAGGAGCCCAUCUCCACAAGGGGCAAGUUGGUGGAGCCCUCGACGAUUCUAGGUCCUCGCUCGCCAGGUGGCUUGAGCCUUGCCGAUCCAUACGCCCUCGUACUGGCCGCUUCUUGCGCAUUCGAAGUUUUGGCCAUCACCUUCCUCUUUGCGGUGCGUACAGAAGGCUCUUGGUUAGAGAUAGGAAGGAGCAUCACCCACUUUGUCAUGGCCAAUCUGCUGCAAGUCUUUGUGCUGGCCCUAGCCGGCCUAGCUGGCGUCGUUGUGGGCGGUCAAACAAGCGACGGUACGAGCAAUUCCUCCAAAUCUUGA